AUGGCUGUUGAAAUGGAAGAGCCUGCAGAAUCUGAAGCAAUACUAGAGAAUGUGUGGGCUAAUUUUAUAGCCAAAGAUGAUGUUGUCAAGCAAGGUGAAACUACACCUGAAUCGUCGAAAACAUGGGAAGGACUUCCUAGCCUUAAUGGUGGAGAAGGGUCAAUGGAAGUUCUUCAAAGACUACCAAGUCUAGGUAGAUGGAUAUCAAUGGGCGCUGAGACAUGGGAGGAACUUCUUGAUGGUAUUAUUCCUUCAUCCAAUACUGAGACCGCACCGUUUCAUGAUCUUUAUUCAGGAAGUAGUAACACGCUAUCCGAGGAGAUACUUGUUAAAUGUGAUACUCAACACACGCCAAUACAGGUUGUUACCGACACGAAUGGUAUGAAAGUUGAUCAGAAGAUGGUCACAAGACACUAUAGAGGAGUGAGAAAGAGGCCAUGGGGCAAGUAUGCAGCAGAAAUAAGGGAUUCGUCAAGGAAAGGAGCUAGAGUUUGGCUUGGGACUUUUGACACAGCCGAGGAAGCUGCUUUGGCUUAUGACAAGGCUUCAUUAAGAAUUAGAGGCCCUUAUAAGGCAUAUCUUAACUUUCCAAUUGAGACAGUUGCUAAAGCCAUGGGAAUUAUCCAUUCAGAAAAUUUGUUGAAUCCUUCAACAAUUACUUCUCAACCAACAGAUGAUUCAGCUGGCACAUUUCUUGGUUGGGGGGACAUAAAUGCUAACUCCUGGAAAAGAAAAUUGAGCGAGCAGGCAGAAACCGAAGACUUGUUUGUAAAAUUGAGCUCAAUUUCAACUCCAGUUCGAUCUGUUACAAUCGAGCGGAGGUCGAAGAGAAUAGUUAGAUUGGAAGAAACAUUUGGGAUUGGCUUUGAUACACUGGAGUUUCAGGAUCUUGGAAGUGAUUAUUUGGACAGUUUAUUGUCCUCCUUGUGA